GCAGCUUCAUCCUGGUUCUUUGAGGACCUGAAAGAGAUGAAGGAGAAGUCGAAGAACGCGGCGAAGAGCCGCAGGGAGAAGGAGAACAGAGAGUUCAGAGAACUGUCCAAGCUGCUGCCGCUGCCGGCUGCCAUCACCUCCCAGCUGGACAAGGCCUCCAUCAUCCGGCUGAGCUGCAGCCACCUGCACAUCAGAACCCUCUUCCCUCACGGUCCGAGUGCUGGAUGGAGUCAUACGGACAAGUUCAGUCCUCUGGACAGCAUGGUCAAAGAGCUGGGAUCUCACCUUUUGCAAACUCUGGAUGGCUUUGUGUUCGUUGUUGCUUCUGAUGGCAAAAUAAUGUACAUCUCCGAAACAGCAUCAGUCCACCUCGGCUUAUCCCAGGUGGAGCUAACAGGAAACAGUAUAUUUGAAUACAUCCACCCAUCAGAUCAUGAGGAGAUGACAGCAGUGCUAAGUCUUACCCAGCCACCAUUAUAUUUCUCUCCAGAAUAUGUAAGUGAGCGUUCUUUCUUCCUGAGAAUGAAGUGCAUUCUUGCUAAACGGAAUGCUGGAUUGACAUGUGGAGGCUAUAAGGUGAUCCACUGCAGCGGCUACCUGAAACGUUGUCAGUACCCAGUGGACACGACCGUGUGCAAAUCCAGUUAUCAGACCAUGGGACUGGUGGCAGUAGGUCACUCCCUUCCCCCCAGUGGACUCACUGAGCUCAAGCUUUACAGCAACAUGUUUAUGUUUCGUGCCAAUCUGGACUUAAAGCUCAUCUUUUUGGACAUGAGGGUGGCUGAGCUGACAGGCUACGAGCCUCAGGACCUGAUAGAGAAGACCCUCUACCACCAUGUUCACACAUGUGAUGUUUUGCAGCUACGCUACGCUCACCAUAUAUUGCUGGUAAAGGGGCAAGUUACUACAAAAUAUUACCGCAUGUUAUCUAAGCAUGGAGGCUGGGUAUGGGUGCAAAGCUACGCUACCAUCGUCCAUAACAGCCGAUCCUCGAGACCUCACUGUAUCGUAUGCGUGAACUAUGUCCUUACUAACACUGAAUGCAAGGAAUUGCAGUUAUCUGAAGACCAGAAUCGAGCCACUAAGUGUCCUCUGAGUCUUACUGCUCAGGACCACUGUAGACACCUCAGAACUCAAGCUGUUAACCUGAAGACCAAAAUUAGAUCAGCUCCAUAUCCAGAGGGUAGCUGGACUCUCCCUUAG